GGCGGCGUGUUGUGGAGACAUGUGCGCCUGCUGAACCAAGAGUGGAACUGACUUCAUUGAGCAUCAAGGGAUUGGAUGGACAAACAUUUCAGCUGCAGGUUGAUGAUGAUGCAACCGUCGAACAUGUAUACACGUACAUUUCAGAGAAGAUCGGCCUGAAACCAGGCAGGAAAUUGCUGCUGAUGUCAGGUUGCAAUAUCCUCGAGGGCUCCAAGCCACUGCUGCAACAAGUGCAGAAUGAGGAAAUCAGUUUCGUCAUCCAACGAAUGCAUUUCUGUGAGGUUGUCAAAAGUUUCCAGAGAGUCAUAGAAAACGAGACGACGACCAGGCUCACUGCUGUAGAUUUUAAUGCUGUAAAAACAGUUGUUUCACUGGCCCAUGUGCACGACCUGAACUUUGAGUUGGCAGGCAUGUCAUUGCUGAGUAGCCUCAAGACUUUGACCUUUGAAGGUGACUUUGAGCAGAGUUUGGCAGGUGUGAGAUUGCCAAGCAGCCUUCAAACGCUGACUUUUGGAGAUUCGUUCAAUCAAAGUUUGGCAGGUGUGACAUUGCCAAGCAGCCUUCAAACGUUGACCUUUGGAUAUUCGUUCAAUCAGAGUUUGGCAGGUGUAACAUUGCCAGGGAUGUUGCAGAGGUUGACGUUUGGAUGUGGUUUCAACAAGAGUUUGUCAGAUGUGACAUUGCCAAGUAGCCUGAAGAUGUUGACGUUUGGAACUUUCUUCAAUAAACCAUUGAAAGGCGUGACAUUGCCAAACAGUCUGCUUACGUUGACCUUUGGAUGUGACUUCAACAAGAGUUUGGCAAGUGUGACAUUGCCAAGCAGCCUGCAGAGUUUGACCUUUGGAAACAGGUUUAACCACAGCUUAGCACGCGUGACAUUGCCAGGGACGUUGCAGACGUUGACUUUUGGAUGUGAUUUUAACAAGAGUCUUGCGCGUGUGACACUGCCGAGCAGCUUGCAGACGCUGACUUUUGGACAUCUCUUUAACCAAAGUUUGGCAGGUGUGACACUUCCAAUCAGCCUGCGCAAUUUGACCGUUGGCAGUUCUUUUAAUCAUAGUUUAGCACGUGUGAUAUUGCCCUUGAGCCUGCAAACUUUGACCAUUGGCGAUACUUUCAAGAGGGUUUUAAAAGGUGUGACACUGCCAAGAAACCUGCAGACGUUGUUGUCCUUUGGAGAGUAUGUCAACACGUCCUUGGCAGGAGUGUCAGUGCUAAGAAACCUGCAGACUUUGAACAUUGGGUUUUCAUUCAACAACAAGAGUUUAGCAGGUGUGAUAUUACCAACAAGCCUGCGUACGUUGACCCUUGGAGAUUUGUUCAAUCAAAGCUUGGCAUGGGUGACAUUGCCAAGCUGCCUCCAAACGCUGACCUUUGGAGAUUCGUUCGAUCAGAGUUUGGCAAAUGUGACAUUGCCAAACAGCCUUCAAACGCUGACCUUUGGAGGGCCAUUCAACCAGAGUUUGGCAGGUGUGACACUGCCGAACAGCCUGCAGACAUUGACCUUUGGAAAUCUCUUUAAUCAGAGUUUGGAGGGUGUGACACUGCCGAGCAGCCUGCAGACAUUGACCUUUGGAAUUCUCUUCGAUCGGAGUUUGGAGGGUGUGACACUGCCGAGCAGCCUGCAGACAUUGACCUUUGGACUCCUCUUCAAUCAGAGUUUGUCAGGCGUGAUAUUUCCGAGCAGCUUGCAGACGCUGACCUUUGGAAAUGUCUUUAAUCAGAGUUUAGCUGGUGUGGCGCUGCCAAACAACCUGCAAACGUUGAACUUCGAAAAUUUGUUCAACCAGAGUUUUGAAGGUGUCACUUUGCCAAGCAGUCUGCAGAAGUUGACCUUUGGAGAUCGCUCCCGUCAGCAAUUGGAUUCAUUGGAAGGCGUUCUUUUUCCCAGCGAUUUGCGGCAAAUCCGCUGGCGUGGUUUGUCCAUCGACAUCUUAGGGUCAGUGUGAAGUAAGACAUUUCUGACAGGUCUGUCACUCUGCAGCUGCUUCGAAAAGACAAAAAGAAGCUUUGGCCAGCAUAGAAAA